AUGAAAUUUACAAAAAUAAAGAACCUAAUGCAAUGUGGAAAGUUAUUAGGAGAUGUGUGCCUCGCAACGAGGUAUCACAUGAAAGAACUGGCUGACGAAUUUAACAUCUUUUAUACAUCAGUUCGGGUUAAAGCCGCAGAAGAGUCAAAGAAGAUAGUCAUUGCAAAUAAUCUUCCGUUAGUUCAACCUAACAAUCUUAUAUUAAAUAACAACACUGACGAGUUUUACUUCCGCCCUGUAUCAUCCUAUGAAAUACGUAAGAUCGUGAAUUCAUUUCCAUCAUAUAAGGCACCAGGAUGGACAAAGUCUCUGUCUCUGUUAUAA